AUGUGCAGCGACGACGCGCGGACGAUCAGAAGCGGGUUUUACCUCGCUCCCGCGCCGACGAAACCGCGGCGGUGGACGAAAGGCGACGCCCUCGGGGCCGGGUCGUUCGGGAGGGUGUUCCUCGGGUUGAACAGCGAGACGGGGGAGCUCUUCGCGGUGAAGGAAGUCGCGGCGGCGAAGCGCGCGGAGUGCAUCGAGCAGCUCGAGCAGGAGGUGACGCUCCUGUCGCGGCUGCAACACCCGAACAUCGUGCGUUACAUCGGCACCGAACGCUCCGCGGAGUUUCUGUACAUUUUUCUCGAGUACGUCCCGGGAGGUUCGAUCGCGUCGCUCUUAGAGCGCUUCGGUCGCUUCGAAGAGAGCGUCAUGAGCGUGUACACGCGGCAGAUCUUGAUCGGGCUGGACUACCUCCACGCGCAGCGGACGGUGCACAGAGACAUCAAGGGCGCGAACAUAUUAGUCGAGAAGAGCGGAAGGAUAAAACUCGCGGAUUUCGGCAUGGCGAAGACGCUCGUGGAACGCAUCGACGACCCCGCCGCGCGCGCGCGCGGCGGCGUGAAAGGCAGCGCGUACUGGAUGGCCCCGGAGGUCAUCCGCCAAAAGGGUCACGGCUCCGAGGCGGACGUGUGGGCGGUCGGGUGCACCGUGCUCGAGAUGGCGACCGGGAAGCCGCCGUGGAGCCACUGCAGCGGGCAGGUGCAGGUGUUGUACAAGAUCGCGAGCACGAUGGAGCUGCCGGAGAUCCCGUCGUUCCUCUCCCCGGACGCGAGCGAGUUCGUGCUGCUGUGUCUGCAGAGGGACCCGGAGUCGCGGCCCGCGGCGGACCGGCUGCUGACGCACGCGUUCGCGUCGUCGUCGACGUCCGAG